AUGGGAGGACUGGCCAGGACAGGCGCCGGCGUGGCGAAGCUCCGCACCCUGAGCAUCCUCCUCAGCCUCCUGGGCCCCGCCUGCCCCACCAGGUCCCCCGACUGCGGGGGCAUCCUCACCCCAGCGGGACUGAGCUACAUUGCUGAAGCUUCAAAGCCACACGCAGAGAUAGUCCUCAAGCAGGAACUAAUGGCCGUGCCAGCCCCGGACCUGUUUCCCAGCUCCCCAGAGUCCAGCGGGAACCAAAUUGACUCCAUCAAAGUCACCGAGCUGUCCCUGUCGCUCAUCCCCCACACUGGGCUGCGCCUGAACAUCGCUGUGGACCUUGGCAUCGCCCCUGCCCCCUCGAGCCCCAAGGUGAAGAGACUGUCCAUCCUGGCGGACCUCCACGUGGAGAUGAACCCCGAGGGGUACCUGGAGCUAGUGACCUCUGCCUGCAAGCCCACUGUGCAGGAGAAGCAGAGCACCGAGGAGAUAGAAAGCAAGUCUUCUAGUUUGGAAGAGAAAAAGCAGAUUAACGUUGAUAAGAUUUGCCUGGAAGUUUCCAAACUGCUGCUCUUUCCAAACGAACAGCUCAUCUCUCUUACAACUCAGUUCCCCAUCUCCCCGAGCUGCCAGGCCCAGUACCUGCCCCUGGCUGUGCCCGUGUUCUCCGAGCAGGGAAUCACCAUAUCCUUGCAAACAACUUUCCAGGUGGCAGGCAUGGGGAUCCCCCUGCCAGUCAGCCCCGUGCCGUUCACCAUGCCCGAGCUGGCGAGCUCCAGCCCUUCCCACCUCACCCUGGCUUUCUCUGAGCACUUCUACACCAGCUUCUUCUUCGCUCUGGAAAUCUCUGGGGCCUUCAACAUGACCAUCCCGAGCCUGCUGACCACCUCCACCGUGGCACAGAAGAUUACUCAGAUGGGCUCCCUCUACCAGGAGGACGUCCCGGUGGUCCUGCAAGCCGUGUUCAGGAGCUCACCUCGGGUGGUGCUGGAGGAAGGCAAGGCAGCCCUGAAGCUCUUCCUCACCAUCCACGUCGGGGCGGGAUCCUCGGCUUUCCAGAGCUUCCUGAGCGUCAACGUGGACAUGUCUGCAGGACUCCUCCUGAGCGUCGCCGACACAAAGAUGAAGAUCUCUGCAGCAGAGAUAGAGGAUAUCGAGCUCAGCCUGGCUGCCUCCGACGUGGGUCCCGUUCCGGCUGACUUGCUGGAGGAGCUGCUCCUGCCCACAAUCCGUGCCGAGGUCCUGGCCCAGGUGAACGUGGUCCUGAGUGAAGGCAUACUCCUGCCCCACAUGUCCAGCUUCACCUACACCGACGUCAGCGUCGAGAUUCACAAGGACUACGUCCUGGUCCCCUGCAACCUGGAGCUGUGGGCAAGGACUGAAGAGCAGAGCAGCACGAGCUGA